CAUGUGCCAACCUGUUUCGGGCUUAGCCCGGCAAGCUUUUGCUUAAACACCAUACUCACGUGAAAUGACGUGCUUUGAUAUAUGCAAAAUCCAUUUAAAGCCCUGUAGGCGCCUGAUAUAAUGAAUAAUGCGAGCUAUGUCGUUGGUCAGGGGUAACCGACGAGUCACGAUAAUACUAAUUUGGUGAUAUCUCGAGCUGAGCUGAGCUAAGUGUUAAAGCUGCACGAUGGAUGUCGACGCGGAAAAGAAUGCGCAAGCUACGGCGACUGCGUCCCAUGGCACCGCCGACCACGUCUAUGUGGCGGAAGAUAGGCUACGGCGCUCGUUGUCCGCGCGCCAGGUCCAGAUGAUAGCUAUCGGAGGUACCAUCGGGACUGGUCUUUUUCUGGGAACGGGAAAGGCGUUAGCGACCGGUGGACCGGCUUCGUUAUUGCUUAGUUAUGCUAUCGUGGGAGGCAUCGUGUUCGUGACGAUGCUGUGUCUUGGUGAGAUGGCUGCUUUUGUUCCAGUGGCUGGCUCCUUUUGUUCCUUCUCGGCGCGUUAUCUAGAUGACGCCUGGGGUUUCGCUCUGACGUGGAAUUACUGGUUCAACGAUGCCGUGUCUACGGCUGCUGAUCUAGUUGCCUUGCAGCUAAUCCUACAGUAUUGGACCGACACCUUCCCAUGGUACGCUCUCGGGCUUAUCAUCUGGUUCUUACUGAUUUUGGCCAAUAUCAUAAACGUACGGGCCUACGGUGAAGUAGAGUACUGGCUGUGUCUCCUAAAGGUCAUCACUAUUGUCAUCUUCAUCAUCCUGAGCAUCGCUGUAAACGUCGGCGGAAACACAACACACGAAUACAUCGGCGCGCGAAACUGGUAUAUCGGUGAUGCGCCUUUCGUGGGAGGUAUCGGUGGAUUCGCAAGCGUCUUUGUAACCGCAUCUUUUGCCUACGGUGGCACCGAAUCGAUCGCUAUUACCGCCGGUGAGACUAAGGACCCGGCUCGCCAGCUACCGCGGGUUGUUAAGAAUGUCUUCUGGCGGAUCCUGUUCUUCUAUAUACUCGGUUCUCUGAUGAUCGGCCUUAACGUACCGUAUAACUACCCGAACCUCAACUCUAAAAAUACCCGUACCUCUCCUUUCACUAUUGCUUUCCAGCUGGCCGGGUCUAGAGUAGCAGGGUCCUUCGUCAACGCUGUUAUCCUCACAAGUAUUAUUUCGGCAGGAAACCAUGCUCUUUUCGCUGGGUCUCGCCUAUUAUACACCUUAUCCAUUAACGGCCACGCGCCCAAGGUCUUUGGGCGUUUGACUCGAUUCCAGGUCCCUUGGGUAUCGGUCCUCUUCACCUCGCUCAUUUCCGGUCUGCUGUUCGGCGCAUCUUUUAUCGGCGCCGGCCAGCUGUGGACGUGGUUGCAAAACCUUGUUGGUGUCUCCAACCAGCUAUCAUGGAUCAGCAUCGGUAUCGCGUCGCUACGUUUCCGUGCCGGCUUGAAAGCACAGGGAAAGGAGCAUCUCCUGCCCUUCAAGAACUGGACAUAUCCGGCAGGGCCAAUUGUUGCCAUCGUACUCAACAGCUUUAUCGUUCUCGUCCAGGGGUGGAGCUGUUUCAGUCCGACUUUUAACGCUGUCGACUUUGUUAGUUAUUAUAUCGAGUUGCCUUUAUUUGCCUUGAUGUUCGUCGCGUGGAAGUUGAUUAAGAAGACGAAGUUCAAGAGGGCGAGCGAGAUGGAUCUGGUUACUGAUGUGUAUACGAAGGACGACAUGGAGCCGGAGGAGGAAGGAUGGGCUGGAAGGGCUAAGAGAAUCGGUGGCUGGUUCUGUUUUUAGUUGUGUUACCCGAUUUAAUUAUGGGUUAACGUUAUCUGGUUAUGAGGUAGUUAUAAGUUUCAAUAUACCCUCUCAUAUUCGUUUCUUGUAAAUUUCCGACACUUCUCGUACGGACGCCACAUUAUGUUGCGAUACGAAUUAAUUAUCCUCAUUCUCUAUCGUUUACUAUUGUCUGAAAGACGUUUUACUAAUAGAGAUAAUAUCAUAACUUUUCGUAAAGUAAGUUCAACAAGGGUCCGGGUCAUGUGUUAGUGAGCUCCGAAACCGAGGCCGAGGCCGAGACCGGGGAAAUAAAUUCAAACCGCCACUAAUUUA